AUGGCGAGACCGGUGGAGCUUCUUAAUGAUUUGGUAGAUGAGAUUCUCUAUCGCGUUCCGGCCACUUCCCUUAAACGAUUACGAGCUACUUGCAAACGAUGGAACCGUUUAUUCAAAGAUGAUCGGAGAUUCGGAAGCGAGCACCGCGAUAAAGCCGCAAAGGAGAUUCACUCUCUCAUCUUGACAGAGAAGUGCCGGAUUUGUCCGGUGAGCAUCAAUCUUCCCAAUGGAGAUGUUCCUCCAUCUCUAGAGGUAAAAAAAGAGCUUAGCCUACCACAUCCGCAUUUUAACAAUUCAUCUCAGUACGAUAUAGCUAAUGUCUGUCACUGCGACGGCUUAUUGUUAUGCAACCCCUACGACGGAGACAUCACUUGGUUUGGUACUAAAAUAGUGGUUUGGAACCCGUUUACUGGUCAAACCAGGUGGAUCGAAGCCCGCAAUCGUAAGAUGAAUAGUACCAUAUUUGUUCUCGGAUACUACUACAAGCAAGACAAGAACAAGAACAAGUCCUGUAGUAAAAGAAGCUACAAAAUUUUGUGCUUUGGUUUUCAUGGCGAAGAUAUAGAAAUCUACGAGCUUAACUCUAAUGAUUCGUGGAGGAGGCUUCCUGACGGUGAUCUCACUCCACCAGGAUGGUCCAUUGAUUGCUCUGCCAACGAUUACGUCGUGUUUUUAACGGGAAGUGCUUACUUUUUUGCUAAGGAGAAAUCAAAACCGCAACUUAGCUUGUCAUUGGUCAGAUUUGAUUUUUCUACUGAGAAAUCAUCUCUGUUUGUGGCUCUUCCCCGUCAGUAUCCAAGGCAUGAGGUUUUGAGUCUUUCCGUUGUUGGAGAAGAGAAGCUCUCCGUGUUUUUACAGCCAAAUGAGGCAUCCAAGGCUGAGAUAUGGGUGACGAGUAAGAUUGAUGUGUCCACCAAAGUGGUGUCCGGGAGCAAGGUCUUAGCAGUUGAUUUGAGCCCUGAUCUUCAGAUUACUUCUAAUGUCCACUUUUUGCUUGACGAGGAUAAGAAAGUCGCCGUGUGUAGUGAAAGGUGGAUGGAAGACGAGAACAAGUCCAUCGACAAGACAUUCUUUCUCGGAGAGGAUAACAAAGUCCGUGAAUUGGGUUUUGGUCAGCUGGAUUGGGUUGAUGCAGCAAAUUCGCCAGUUAUUCUUAAUUACGUUCCAAGUUUGGUCCAAAUCGAGCUACCUGCUGCUGGUUGCAACAAAAGAAAAAGAGGUGACUAA